GGGGGGAUUCGAGAAACAGGGAGGGAGGGAGAAGAAGAAAAGAAGAAUUACAAGGGCGGUUUUCCGAGCCGUUGAAUCUUCUUUUCUGUUCAUCAUUUUCAUGCUCCCCGAUCUCUCAUCGGUUCACUCGUACUCAACAAUCAGAUUCAGAUCCUUCGCGUUACCUAUUUCGCAUGUCAGAUUGUUGAGGAAAUUUGAAAUAACCUUUCCGAUGUAGUUAACUUGCUACAAGUCUAAUUGGGUUGAUUACUACCCAAUGUGACCUGAUCAGAAUCUUGUUUUCUCCUUCACUCCCAGCACCAUUAAAGGUUCUCAAAAUGCCAGUGACCCUUCUCAAUGGUCCUCUCCAUGCUGAUUAUGAAGGAGAUAAAAGAUUCAACCAAAAACCUCCCAACAAAAGACGUGUUUUUAUCCAAACGGAAAACGGAUGUGUCGUAGGAAUGGAAUUAGAAAGAAACGACAACGCCCAUACGCUAAAAAGAAGAAUGCAGUUAACCCUAAACCACCCAACAGAUCAAACUUCAUUAACCUUCGGUGACAAGGUUUUAAACCACGAUCUUUCCGCCAUAAAACACGAUUCCGCCCUUUUUCUCACCAAAAACUUAAUCCACCGAAGCUCUUCAACUCCAUGUCUGUUACAAACACCAAGAUCCCUCCAACAAAAAGAUCAAAGUGGUGUUAUCGAGAUCAUUGGUCUUCACACCCAUUCUACCCAUUUCACCAAAACCAAUCAGCUCGUGGAAGAAAUCAUUACAGCCUUGAAAAACGAAAUCGACCCGAUUAGUGUAAACGGCGGAUUAGGUGGCGCGUAUAUUUUCAGAAACAUCAAAGGUCAAAGUAUCGCGAUUGUAAAACCCACAGAUGAAGAACCGUUUGCACCGAACAACCCUAAAGGGUUCACCGGAAAACUUCUGGGACAACCGGGUUUUAAACAAUCCGUACGGGUCGGGGAAACCGGAUUCCGGGAAGUGGCGGCUUAUCUUCUAGAUCAUGACCAUUUCGCCGGAGUGCCCUUAACGUCUUUGGUAAAAAUCACCCACUCAAUUUUCAACCUCAACGACUCUGUAAAUGGAAGCAAGGUUCAAAACAAGAAAAGAGUUAACCUUAACGUUAACGUUAGCAAGAUUGCAUCUCUCCAACAAUUCAUCCCUCAUGAUUUUGAUGCGAGUGAUCAUGGAGCUUCAAGUUUCUCUAUCUCUGAUGUACAUAGAAUCGGAAUCUUGGAUGUUAGAAUCUUGAACACGGAUCGACAUGCGGGAAAUUUGCUUGUUAGAAAGGUGAAUGAUGGGAAUUUUGGUGAGGUGAAGCUGAUUCCGAUCGAUCACGGCCUUUGUCUUCCGGAAUGCUUGGAAGACCCGUAUUUUGAAUGGAUUCAUUGGCCGCAAUCAUCAAUUCCGUUCUCGGAUUCCGAACUUGAAUAUAUACAAUCCCUCGAUGCCGUUCGUGAUUCCGAGAUGCUAAGAACGGAAUUACCGAUGAUCCGGGAGGCGUGUUUACGGGUUUUGACACUUUGUACUGUUUUCCUAAAAGAAGCGGCGGCUUUUGGGCUGUGUUUGGCGGAGAUCGGAGAGAUGAUGAGUCGGGAAUUUAGAUGUAACGAUCAAGAACCGAGUGAGCUUGAAGUUAUAUGUUUAGAAGCAAUGAGAGAAGUGGUGGAUAAUGAUUCAAAGAAUAAAUCUUUUUCUUGCAUGCAAUGGGGGUUAAGGAAGAAAGGUGGUGGGAAUGGGCGGGCGAGGGGGGCGGAGGUUGUGGGUGUCCGGAGUAGUGCGGAGGAGUUGGUGGGGACGCCGGCGAGUUUUGUGAAGGUGGGGGAAAUGGAAGAAGGGGAGUGGUGGGAUUUUCUUGACAAGUUUCGGGAGCUUGUGGGCCCCGCUUUGGCUACUAGGAAAGUGUCAAGGGUAAGCGUCAGGAACAAUUUACGGGUGGGGGGUUCUUGUCAGUUUUGACUUUUUAUGGACUUUGUUGUGGGGGUUUGACUUUUGACAUGUCUUAAUAUGGAGGUGUGCAAGUAUACAGACGUUUGUAUGUGGUCUUGAGGAAUAUAAUAGUAUUAGUUAAUAAUAAAAUAAACACAACUUUUGAAGUGAAUCGUUCUCUUUCUCUUUUUUAUAAAUUGUAUUUUAAGAAUCUUUUGUGGUGA